AUGGCUGGCCGUUGGGCCCCGUUUCAAUCGAUUCCAAGCGUUGCUCCACCCUCAGGCUAUGUCCGACUCUCAGACCUUACCCUCAACGGCAUUUUAUUCAUAACCACGACUGAGCUCGCACGGCUUAUCGACAAUUUCCCCACGCUCGAGCGCUGCACCUGCCACCACCUCACGUUUCUCGACCCGUCGCCGGUUGUCCAGUCGCGCAGAAUUCACCGACGUGCUUCAUUGGCCCUCCGUAGGUGCAUGAUCUCUCGGUGUAAGGACAUGACAGUCUCCACCCAAGCGGCGCUGGCUGCUGAUGUCCUUGCGGUUGCUCGUCGCAUAGGCGUUGACAACCGCACAUGGGAUGCAACUCUUCAGGCGCUGCUUGCGUUGGUACCAUAUGCGUUUGAACGGGCAAACGUGUGGCUUGAGCAUCAGAACGGCAGUGCGCUUGCAGACACGGCGACCAUCUAUUGCUCCUCACCUGGUCAAGGCCAAUCUGAGGGCGAUGACGUCCGUAUUGACGUUAGGGUUCGCCGACCGAGUACUGGCCAGGAUGCGGGAUCCCUACUUGCGCAUGUCGAGGAGAUUGCUCUCAAUCUCUCAUUCGCGGAUGUUGAAACUGUAGAUACUCUCCCCUGGGACGCCUUGCAAGCCAUCGUUGAUUCCCCGCACAUGCGCCGCCUUCUUAUCACAUGUUACACGCUACCAUCGCUGAUGCAAGCUAGGAAGACCUCGAAGAGAAUCCUAUGCUCUGUGUUGCGCCGGACACAGCUGGCCUGGGCUCUCGAGUCAGGCAAACUGCAGUUUCAGACGUUCAAACCCAAUCCUUUCACAAGUGAAGACAUCUUGUCCAUACCGACGGGGCACACCAUCGACGGCACCACAAUCGCCCUCGACAUCACCGAGCAAGCCGAGUGGUUGCUGCACUCGGACAACCCGUACGACCCUCGCAACAGUCGAAAGGAGUACCUACGACAGCUCGUAGCCGCGCGGGCGGGUAGAGAAUCCACGGACACAGUACCAGAGACUGCGCCAUCCACCGCAGAUGGCCCUCAGAACACGGCAGGCGAGCAGUCCUCGGAAGCGAUGGAGGUUGUUAUGCCGGAUUACGAACACGGCGAGGGAACGGGCGACGAAGGAUGCGAUUAG